UCCAAAUGGCACAAACACCAUGAAGCUGGUGAUGCCUUCUGUUGAAGUCUUAUGGAUCAUGGUGCAAUCCAUCUUCCGAUAAACUCCAAAUCGGAAGGCGGUCAAGCAAUUCUGCCAUUUGCUCAUGGGCUCACCUCUCAAGAUCCCGCAAGCUUCUCGUCCGAUAUAGCUUCAAUCGCCAUCAACGAUCCACCACGAACCCCCGGACGCCACAUUAACCUCUCCCCGAACUCCUCCGGGUAAUCUAUCUACGAUAAUUACGACUCCGAGCCUCGCGCGCUCGUCCCAUGGCCGCAAUGGCCGUCCAGAACCCCCCGGUGCCAGAGGAGAAGCUCGGAGUCCCCUCUCGCAACCCUCUACCUCUCUCCGCAUCACAAGAAGCACAAGUCCGAGAUAUCUUCUAUCAAAAAGUCCGAAAAGAAUGUGCCGAUGAGAUCAAAGCAUUCGCCGCAUGCGCCCUCGGCCGCACAUUCACCGUCUCCUUCGCCUGCCGCGCCGAACACCGCUCCAUGAACAGCUGCAUGAAACUGCACGCCACACAAUCCGCGCACGACGAGGCACGUGAGGAAUGGUUCGCCUUACGAAUAGAGCGCCAGCGAGAACGCGAGCGAAAAGCCAGAGUCGCGCAGGCGCAGGAGGAGUUUAUGAGGGAGUGGUGGGGAUUGCCCGAGCACGUGCGGUUGUCGAGACAGAAGGAGAUGGAGCAGAGGGGGGAGAGGAUACAUGGACUUACGGCGAAGGAUAGGCCGAGGGGCGAGGGACAAUGAUAAUGAAUUGUUGCAUCUGUGGCGUUUCGGGGUAUUGAACAUCUACGCUGGGGAAUUGUAAGAAUAAAAGGUGAUGUGAGGAUAAGACAAGACAGUGUACCACUAUGAUCAGGAUCAAUGCCGAGACGGCAUUCCGAAAGAGUCAGUUCAACUCGAUAAGCAUAUGCAACCACUGGAGUCCAACAGGGUGAGAACCAACGCCGAGAAUGUUUAAGAGCAUGCAUCCAAUGCUUGUCAACUGAUACCCAAACAGCCUCAUGCCCAAGAUCGUCGUAACGACUACUCAACCCAGCCGACAGAUUGUGACAAUUGCCGCCAGCUCUGCUUAUCAAGCAUUCAUCAGCGUCUGUUUCUCCUUCAAACACAAACAGAGCCUUCAGUGGUG